AGGAAGAGCCGAGCGGCAGUUAGCUUGCUGCUAGUAAGUAGGUUUCUGACAUAAUAGCAGCAGCUCUAAAUAGUGAGACAACCAGAGGACGAGGAAGAUAAACUUUAUUAAAUUCAGGAAUAUCUGUCUAUCGGAGGAUAUAGAUUCAAUGUAAAGAUUUGGAAGAACAUUAGGACUUGUUUACAUGAUGUCGUACAGGCUUGUUUAUAGGUAAGGAUCGAACUAACGACACCGAUAGCUAUUAUUUGGUUAGCUUUGAGCUACAUUAGCUAGCCAGCUAAAAGGGAGAGUGGUGAACGGAGCCCGCCUCAGACUAAAGUGUUGGUAGCAGCUGGUGAGCGGUAACUGCAACAGGGGGCUGCUUACAACUCCGGGGCCGGGACAAUAACGCACGCAGGAGGCCAGGUUCGGGAAGAACUGGAGGAGAGGAGGUGGUGAUAUCGGGAUACUUGUCACACAGCGACAAGCUAACGUUACCCUGUCCGAUUUCGGACGUUGGGCUAUUUUUUUUUUUUUUUAAACAGACAAUCUGCAACAGGAGAGGGGGACAAGGAAUAUGUCACAUACCUGCUUGCUAUAAUCUGUACAUUCUUUAGCUAGCUCGUUAAAAGGUAUCAUUUAUUGAGCUCAGACGAAACGCUUAUCAAGGAAAUAGACAGUCACUUGAGUGACUAGCAAAGAUAUUCAACAUGUCAAAAAUGCCAGCAAAGAAGAAGAGUUGUUUUCAGAUCACGAGUGUGACACAGGCUCAGGUGGCGGCCAGUAGCAUCACGGAUGACACCGAGAGUCUGGACGAUCCGGACGAAUCCAGGACCGAGGAUGUGUCAUCCAAAAUAUUCGACGUGUCCCUGGCCGAUCCGGGAGUAUGUGAACGAAGUUCAUCCGAGGAGACUUUAAACAAUGCAGGGGAGGCGGAGGCAGCUGUCAUGGCCUUACAUUUACUUCAAGAGGGGCAGCCAGUAGCUGCAACAGGUCCUUUUAAUGGGAGCCAUGCUCUUAGAAGUACAGGCCUGAGCCAUAUCAACCCACAAUUUUUAGGGGGUAGUGUUCCUGUACCAGCUGCGAGUCAGCCCUCCAUUCCAACCUCGGCCGCCCAGCAGCCGACAACAGUCAACGCUGGCCCUGCUGCGAAUGUUUCCCCAAGUGUAUCUCAAACGCCCACAGCGGCGCCUAGCUCUACAACGACGACAAGCUGUAGUUCACGUUUCAGGGUCAUUAAACUUGACCACAGUACAGGAGAGCCCUUCAGACGGGGCAGAUGGACAUGUAUUGAGUUCUAUGAGAGAGAUUCUGAGGGCUCUAGCAUGAGCAGGACUGUGGAUAGCAUAAAACACGCUGUCACCAUUGACCACAAUGCAGACAGUGGGCUAGGGACCACAGGAAGCAAUGUGGUUGCUCCUAGUACUCUCUCCACACAGGCUCAGGAGUCCACAGGUGAUAGUGGCUACUACACUUUCCACCAUGGCCACCCUCCGGAGCUUCAGCAGCAAGGCUACAGCCAAGAGCCCCAUUCAGGGAGUGGGGCGAAUGCCUUACAGCCCACAGGGUACUCAGCGACGGUAUCGCAGACACAGGUCAACGUGCAGCCCGCUGUCCCCCAAAUGCUUCACCCUAUUGGCCUCAAUGGUGUACCCCAAGGUGGCAUGCUGCAAAAAUCCCCCCUUGUGCCUCUUGCCACGCAGGCCCAGCAGUUUGCCUACUCCACUCAUCCCUCUGGAAUGCACCCCAGUCAGCUGGACUACCGACAGCAGCACUUAGCCCCUCUACAGCCUCAGGGCUCCAACCCUCAAACCCACCCCAUGGCCUCCCUCUCUGUGGGGCCUCUGUCGAUUCAGGGCCCCUCGUCUGUCAACACCCCUCAGGCUGGGGACCUGUCUGUGUCUUUGCACGGCGGUCCAUUAGCCUCGACCCAUGGCCUAUUGCUGCAGGUAGCCAGCGGGGCCGUUAUGUCUCCUGCCCAACAGCAGCCGGUGAGUCAUCCUCAGCCUUCAGGAGGAGUGGGCAGGGCCUCCGUUGUCCAGAAUGUGCCUGCCACAGUGCCCAGUGCCACCAACACCCCCCCAGGCAUGCCAAGCCAGGCCCCUGACCCAGGAGGACUCCCCCUGGCCCAGGUAGCUCGCGGUGAGGCCACAGCUGGAGCAGCCGGGCAGGGCUUUCCCACGGCCAGCCAGGGGGACGAGAGCCGCAGGAGGUCGGACACCCUUCCUCAGCCCAAUGCAACCCCUGGAAAAGAUGUCAUGAGGCCUUUCAUCCCUGAGAGUUUGCAGCUGGCCACUCCCACCGUCAACAGCCUGUUCGGGAUAGCCAUUCCCAUGGAUGGAGAUGAGGAUGGGAGGGAACACUGGAAGCUGCUGUCUAGUCUGAAGACCACGGUGGAGGGCCUGGUGUCCAGCAGCAACCCCAACGUGUGGUCUCGCUACGGGGGUCUGCAGCGGUUGCACAAGAACAUGAACCACAUCCUCAGCCACGGCCUCAAGCACGAGCAGGUGUACUACAAGCAGAAAGACUACUGGCCCUUUGUGUGGCGUGUCCGCUCCGUCAGCCCUCACCUGGCCUCUCAUGUAGAACAGUUUAGUAAGCUGGAGCCUGUGCUGAGCAGUGGGCUGAAGAGUGUUGGGGAGGGUUACAAGGCCGAGCGCUGGCUGCUGCACAGCCUACAGGUCCACCUGCUGUCAGCCCAGCUCCGACCCCUGCUCAAACACCAGGGACACACGAGCAAGUACUACAAUGUGGAGGCCUUUCUACUGAGUGAGCCCCAUGUGGCGGCCAUGUUCCAGUGUCUGGAGGCCGUGGAGCAAAACAACCCCCGUCUUCUGGCCCUUGUCAACACAGUUAAGCUGUCCACUCUAAUGUGCUCUCCGUACAUGGAGGGCCUGUUGAAGAGUCAGAGUCUGGGUGUUCUGCCGGGGGGCGGCUGGAGGUCCGGGGAAGGUCAGGGUCCUCCCAGAGGGGAGCUCAACCACAGGCUCACCACCUCCCAGUGCUCCCUCCCCCACCGAGACGGAGGACUCACGCCCAACAGUAAUAACACAGGGGCCAUCUCAGAGAGCAACUCAGACUCCACUCCAGCCGCUAGGGCCUCGGGAGCCCCCUGGGGGUGUGUGGGGGGGUCCGAGGGAGAUGGCGAAAGGGGCAUGAGCCCCCCUCCCGGUCCCUCAGUGCUGGUCCCCUCCAUCGCCCUGACAGAGCCCGCCUCCUCAUGCCCUGCCCACUCCGACGCCCUAGACUCUGGCGAGGGCGACUACGACGACGGCCCCGAGUAUCUGGCUAUCGGUAACCUGGGGCAUCGUAGUAAUCGCCGCGACUCCCAAAGCUCCACCCCCGGUGGCGAUCCUUGCGGCGGCGAAUCGGAUGGUGAGAUUCAGAUCCAGUCCCCUGGAAGGAGCUCCUUGGCUUCGGUCCCACCUCCCACACCUCGAAGGUCAUCCUUUUCAGAGGGUCAGAGAGAGCCGGGUCGGGGGGGCAGCAGAGGGCACGUCCGCUCAAUGUCCGACACAGGGAUCAACAGCAAACAUAGACAUGGAGGGGGCCACAUGAAAAUCAGCGUUAUAAUAGAGGAUCCUGUAGCAGAAUCAUUGGUUGCGGAGGACUGUCGUUUGGAGGACUACAGCCCUUUUUCCCUUGGCAGCAGUGAUGGCAGUACACCCAGUUCCCUCUAUAUGGAGUCUAACGGCUCCCAGUACAGCAGUGUUCCAGACUGCAUGUUCCGGAAGCCGUUGGAGGGACAGAGCCUCAUCAGCUACCUGUCAGAGCAGGAUUUCGGCAGCUGUGCUGACCUGGAGAAGGAGAACGCCCACUUCAGCAUCUCGGAAUCUCUGAUCGCCGCCAUCGAGCUGAUGAAGUGCAACCUGCGGCGGCUGGUGGAGGAUGAGGAGGAGGGUGACGACAGUGACUCAGAGAUCCGGCAGCUCAAACAGAAGAUCCGGCUGCGUAGACGCCAGAUCCAGCGGACCCGCCUGCCUCCCUCACAGCGCUUGUUCCAUUCAACAGACAGUGGAUGCUCCCGCAGGAGCUCCCAGGAUUCCUUUCACCUGUCCAACUCUGGCUCGGCCGAGGAGGUGGAGGUGGAGGAGUGCGAGCUGAAAGAUGCAGACAUAAAGCGCGGUGUGACAUCCAGUGGCCGCUCUUUCCUCAGAUCAGAGUCUAUUUCUCCGUCGUUCCUCCAGUCUAACUCUGCUGAGUCGGUGGCCAUGGGCCUGCUCAGGCAGUUUGAGGGCAUGCAGCUCCCUGCAGCCUCUGAGCUCGACUGGCUGGUCCCAGAACAAGACGCACCACAAAAGCUCCUGCCCAUCCCUGACUCCCUGCCCAUCUCUCCUGAUGACGGGGAGCAUGCUGAUAUCUACAAGCUGAGGAUCCGAGUGAGAGGGAACCUGGAGUGGGCCCCGCCGCGACCCCAGAUCAUCUUCAACAUUCACCCUGCGCCCAAGAGGAAGAUUGUUGUGGCCAAGCAGAACUACCGGUGUGCAGGCUGCGGGACUCGCAUAGACCCAGACUACAUCAAGCGAAUGCGCUAUUGUGAGUACCUGGGCCGCUACUUCUGCCAGUGUUGCCAUGAGAACGCCCAGGCGGUGGUGCCGGGCCGUGUGCUGAGGAAGUGGGACUUCAGCAAGUACUAUGUCAGCAACUUUGCCCGGGACCUGCUGGGCAAGAUAUCAGGAGACCCCCUGUUCAACCCCAACGACAUCAACAGUGGCCUCUACAAGAAAACCAAAGCCCUGGAGACUGUCCGGGUUUUGAGGGUCCAACUAUUCCACAUGAAAAACCUCUUCAAGACCUGCCGCCUAGCUAGAGACGUGCUGGACCAGUUCGACAGCCUCCCUGGUCACCUGACUGAGGACCUGCACCUGUUCUCACUCAGCGACCUCAACGCUGUGCGCAACGGAGAGCUGGCCCCCCGGCUACGAGAGCUUCUGAAAUUGGGUUCCGCGCACGUGGCUGGCUGUGUGCUGUGUCAGGCCAAGGGCUUUGUGUGUGAGUUCUGCGGCAACGACAAAGACAUCAUCUUCCCCUUCCAGUUGAACAAGUGCACGUGCUGCGAAGAGUGCAAGGCGUGUUUCCACAGCAAAUGUUUUCAGGCAGGCAAGGAGUGUCCGCGGUGCCAGCGCUUGGCAGAGCGGCGGGAGAGGAUGGCACGCAAGAACAUGGAGGAGCAGGAGGAUGAGGAGGAGGACGAGGGAGGCGGGAGAUAGGAAGACGAACUGAGGAAACGAGGGUGGCGGGGAGCUAUGACGACGAACUGAGGAAACGAGGGUGGCGGGGAGCUAUGACGACGAAAUGAGGGAACGAGGGUGGCGGGGAGCUAUGACGACGAAAUGAGGGAACGAGGGAGCUAGAAAAGAAAGAUGGAAAAACCAAGAGCACAACAUGACAAUGAUUGUAGGGACCUUAUUCCUUCAACUCCUCCCUCCAUUCAUUCCUCUUUCCCCUGAAAGUCCAGCUUCUGGAUAGUGGAUGAGCUCUGAUAGUUUUGGAUUCUUGCUUUUGUUUUUUGAAUGUCUUGCCAAUAUACUAAAUAACAUAUUAUAUUAACAUAUUGGCUGCUUUUAUGGUUUUCUGCUCUGAUUGCAGAUAUCCAUCGUAUGAUGUAGUCCUGCCAUGUAUGUAAACAAGUUGAUCAAUUUAAAUAGAACAAGGAAGGUAGAAAUACUGAAAUCGACCACAGUAAAUAAAAAAAGAA